AUAAAAUCCACUGAUUCACUCCCCUACUGCAACUCUGCCACAUCAAUCCUUCUCUUUCCUCCAACAAACUCCGGCGCCGUCUCUCUCUCUCUCCAUCUCCAUUUUUUUUCCGAUGGCGAUCAAGCGCCUCCGAACCAAGUGGACUCCGAUUCAGCGCGAAACGCUCGAGAAGGCCUAUUCAGUGGAGAGGACCCCAUCGGAGGCGACGAAGGAGGAGCUAUCGAAGCAGUUAGACCUCGGCUAUGAGCAGGUCACGGUUUGGUUCAUGAACCGAAGAGCCAAGGAUCGGAGGCAGGGGAUUGUGGCCAAGAAAUCGAGAAUGACUCGUCAUCAGGUUGCGACUCUCGAGAAGACCUAUGCCGCGGAGAAGAAUCCGUCGGUGUCGAAAAGGGAGGAGCUUGGGAAGAAGGUGGGGCUUAGUGAGAUUCAGGUGAGGCUGUGGUAUAAUAAGAAGAGAUUUGAGGAUCAGGGGAAGGAGAGGAAGGAGAAGAAGAAGCGGGGUACCGGGGCCAAGAAGCCACCGAAAUCGGCACUGGCUUCGUCCUGUGAUCACCUGGCUUUCGUGUCGGCUGACCUCACUGGCAUUCCCAAUCCUGACAGUCCCUGCAAAAGUUAUACUAGAUGCCAGAAUCCCAAUGAGAACUGGUGUUGUUUGUGCUGCAAGGAUGUGUUCUGUAGUGUUGAUUUGAUGAACGGGCACUUGUUUCAGCAUUUUAAGCAGACAAAUCAUUGUCUUGCUGUCAGCUGCAGUGAUAAAUCAAUUUGGUGCUACUCCUGCAAUUCAUUCUUAGAUGCUCAGGCAAUUCCACAAUUGAGUGCUUUUUCAUCAUCCUCCAAUGCUUCCAGGGAGCCAUCAUCCUCAUCCAGGCUAGAGAGCCCUGAUGCCUCCAAGGAUUCAUCCUCCUCAUCCAGGCUAGAGAACCUCGAUGCUCUGAUGGUUGAUGUUACCGAUCUCAUAUCCAAGCCAUCUCCGUGCCCCAGUUUUCAUCCACUGGAUGAUAACUCAUUUGUCGACCAGGAUAAGCUUGCAUUAGCCAAGAAGGGACUCCAGAAGAUCUUUGAUUGUGGUUUAGAAGCUUUAGCCGAUCCCCAUGUACAAGAAGAGUUUCUUUCUUAUUCAGCCACAGUUCUAUCAGUCGAUUCAUGCCCAUCAGAGUUGAAGACCAUUCUUUCGUCUUUCAGAGGCAAUCUCUCAGAGGAGACCAUUGCUUUCCUCCAAGCUCAACAUGAGUUGAAGGUGGCCUCCGACCUAGCAGCCUCGAUUACUGAGAGAAGGUUUGUUCUCCGUUAUCAUCAUUCGAAGUAUGCUGAGGUGAAGAAACAAAUUAUUGCCUCAGAUGAGAAAGUUGCGAACCUUAAGGCCAUGAUCAAAAGGUUGGAAGCUUCUUUGGCUGAAGAAAAGAGCAACAGAGAGAAGAUUGAUCGGGUUUUGGAUUCUAUCGAGACAGGAGUAAUGGAUGCUAGAGAUGGAUUGCUCUCUGAUAUAGAACAAGUGUCUGCCAUGGAGGGAACGACCAAAGCAGCCAACCAGUUAGUAGCUCAACGCCACUCAGCAUGGGAGAACCUAAGGAAUACUUUUACAGAGGUAUAUAGUAAUCUGCAUGCAGGGGAACAACAUGCUGAACCCACCAGUUAAUAUUACUUUUGCUGUCCUUGGCCACUUGGCCCCAGUUAUUUCAAUUUUCCUGGACUAGCCAUGAGUAGUCCUAGGUAGUGAAUCUAUUGACCACAUUUUUCCUGAUCACAGUUUUCGCAGUUAGGUCUUUCUUAGGAUCGUAUAUUGUAGUGACGAUGGUCUUCCAGAGUAUGUUUCAUUAACCAAAGCUCUUGAGAACUCAUUUGCUUCUUGACUUGUUGUAAGUUGUUAAUUGCAGUUUAUCUCAUAGUCUAACUCUUUUGAUUCA